GUCGGCGGCAAGAUGGUGGCGCGCAGCAAGAAAGGCGCGGCGCGGGACUCGGUGGCUAUCCCCAGUCCACCAGGGUACACAGCCAUUCCCAUCAAAUUCUCAGAAAAGCAGCAGGCUUCUCAUUACCUCUAUGUGAAAGAACACAGAGUUCGAGAAGGCACCCAGUCAGCCUGGCCUGAGAAGUGUACCCUUUUUGUCCUCAAUGUGCCUCCAUACUGCACAGAGGAGUGCCUGUCACGUCUCCUGUCCCCCUGUGGCCCCAUCAAGUCUGUGGAGUUGCAAGAGAAGCCAGACCUCACCGAGAGCCCAAAGGAGCCAGAGUCAAAGUUUUUUCAGGCCAAGCGUGUUCCGGGGUUCCAGGUGGCCUACGUGGUGUUUCAGAAGCCAAGUGGCGUAGCUGCUGCCUUGAACCUGAAGGGCCCUCUGCUGGUCUCUACAGGGAGUCACCCCGUGAAGAGCGGUGUCCACAAGUGGAUCAGUGACUAUAAAGACGCGGUGCCCGACCCCGAGGCUUUGCGGGAGGAAGUGGACACGUUCAUGGAGGCCUACGACCGGAAGAUAGCUGAGGAGGAGAGCAAGGCCAAGGAGGAGGAAGGAGUCCCUGACGAGGAGGGCUGGGUGACGGUGACGCGCAGGGGCCGGCGCCCCGUGCUGCCCCGGACGGAAGCUGCCAGCCUGCGUGUGCUGGAGAGGGAGAAGCGGAAGCGCGCCCGCAAGGAGCUGCUCAACUUCUACGCUUGGCAGCACCGCGAGACCAAGAUGGAGCACCUAGCCCAGCUGCGGAAGAAGUUCGAGGAAGACAAGCAGAGGAUUGAGCUGAUGCGAGCCCAGCGCAAAUUCCGACCCUACUGAGGCCGGCGGCCGUGCCUGGACCGCAGGUGGUGACCCGAGGGC